CAGCGGACGGAGAGGAAGCGGACGGGGGAUGAGUUCGGACAAGUCUCGUGGAGUUGGCGUUAUGCUGCAGCGCCGCCGAAUGGUGUGGCUGCAGCACAAGCGCAAGCUGCAGUAUCAGAUCAUGUGUCGUGUGCACAAGCAACUGGCGUCCCCUGACGAUGUGUACGAACAGCACGAGCAGCGAUUCCUGGGGCUGCUGCAGAAGCUACUGGACAUUCGCAAGAGUUUGGAACACUACCGCACGACGGCUCUCCCCGUGUACUGCUCUUCAUGUGCCAGUCUCGGCGCGGACGUGUGGUGUGUUGUGAGUGUGGAUGCUGUCGGCAAGGGAGCCGACGCAGAGAAGUUUCGACAUGCCAUGUGCGCUAUUAACGAGACUAAGGAGGCCAAGAACCACUUCUUCAAUGCGGAUGCAGUGUUGUCAGGAGCAGUGCGCUUCCUGGAUAUCCACAUCAACGCAAUGAAGUCGGUCCAGUCGCAGAUCUCCCAUCGUAAGAAUGUCAAGCUCGAGUUCGACCGGUACGAACAAAAACUCAGCAGGCUGCGGAAACGAAAAGAUGCUGGAACGGCUCCGCAGCGGUUGGAACGCAACGAACAGAAGCUGCAAAAGGCUCGAAUGGCGCUGCAGACCGUGACCUUUGAUCUGUAUCGAGUAUUUGCCAAAUACGAGAGCGAGCGGGAUACCAUGCUGAACGGCGAGUUGGAAAUGGUGCGCCAGGUGAUGCAUAACUUCUAUGCCAAGAAUGCAGAGGCUACGAAUUUCUCCAUUCGUGGAGAGGUUGAUCGCAGCGUGGUGGACGCUCGAGCCGAGCAGCUCUUCAAGAGUAUGGUAGAUAAAGAGGUAGAGCAGGAUGCUCUCAAACUGCUUCCUUCAAGCUGCGUCAGCGAUAAUGCGCCUCCGGCUUUGACUCUCGCUGCUGAUGGCGCUCCAUCCAGUCCUAGCACUCUCGUACCAGCCAAGCCGGUUUCUACAAUGCUUGCAUCACCAACUUCCAGCCCCAGCGGGGAAAAACAGACCCCAACGCACUCGACACAUUCGAGUUCAGGACCGGAGCGAGAAAUCAUUGAGGAGGACGAACUUAGUGAAAAGCUCAGGACCAUCCAGCUCUCACGGCCUUCGAUUCAGCCUGUGAAGGUCUAUCGGAUGGGAAGACCGGCACCAACUCCCGAGUAAGCACCGAAUAAUAAAGUCCAUGCAAGCUCAUUUAUCC